AUGUCGAUGAAGAUUUGGCUGCACGCAUUUUUCCUAGCCAAAUUCAGCAUAGUUUUCACACAUAUUCGAUCCCGCCCAUGUCCAACUUCAAACUUAUCAAUAUCACCAUCAAACGUAAUCAAAAUCGGGGUUUUGUUGCCUUUCACGGGAAACCACCAGUGGGUUCUGCAAGCAACCUUCCCGGCCAUUCAACUGGCCACGGAAACAGUUCAGAAGGACCCAACAAUUCUUCAUGGAUACCGUUUUGUGUUGAACGUGGCAGAUUCAGCUUGCUCAGAAACGUUUGGUCCUUUGGCAGCCAUUGAUAUGUACGUAAACCAGUCAGCACAUGUGUUUGUAGGUCCAGCCUGCGAGUACGCCAUCGCUCCUGUUGCACGGUUCUCCUAUUAUUGGGGAAUUCCGGUGCUGACGGCCGGAGGGAUGGUGUCUGCAUUCGCGGACAAGAACGAGUACAAGUUGUUGACUAGAGUACAG